CACCAGAUUAGUUGCGCCUUAGGAGCCCUCGUUUAGUCCUCUUUCUGCUUGCCACUCGACUGCAUUUGAGCAUUCUUCAUUUUCCUGUAAUGGCCCGCAACACCAAACAGCUAAACGGGCCAUUCCACCUCAAGUGGGUUCGCAAGCACUUUUAUCAAGGCAGCACUACAAGCCCACAUAUGGAGGUUGGCUCGCAGAAGUGCCCCUGCCAAUGUUUCGGACAUAAGGUCGUGAGGUCAAUUAGAUUUAACAGAUCCUCACCUGGCACUGUUGACGACCAAGCCAAACCAGAGACAUCCCAUGAGGAGGCCUACCAGUACCACCAACCCUCCGAUAAAAUCUGGGUUAACCCUAUGCCUGAACCCAAAGAAACCAACGAAAGUAACAACUCUCAUCUCUCAAACAAGCUACACCAUGCCUUUUUGUUCCCUGCCAAGCCUCACUUACUGGGACCCCCGUCAACACCACCUCCAGAAAAACCACUUCCUGAAAUCCCCACACAAACUUGACCCCAUAAAACAUUAGACAGGGUUGGCCGAAGGAACAGGAUUCUCGACCUCCUGGUCGAAGCUCCCCAAACACUGCACAAGAAGCUAUGGCAAACUACUCCCCCUUCCCAAAGCGGGCGCCUAUAACUCGUCCAAGGAGUUCAUCCUAUCAGAGAAUCCACAAGCCACAGGGGUUAACUUGCGCCAAUGCCACUGUCACCAAGCAUCAUCCUCGACAUGUCGCUGAACUCUGUCAGGACCCGUCUAUAGGGAGAGAACCCUGCAUAGAUCAAGCAACACUACCCAAGAGCCUAGGGGAUUGAGGAUAUACACUUA